AGGCUCCAUCUCCACUUUCCGCUUCGAAACUCGCACACAUCUGAGAGUGAAAUUAAGAUAAAGGAACAAACAAACUCUCCAUUGGAGAGAGAAAGCAUCCAGGGAGACUGCCGCUGCUCUGUCUGCAAACUUUUGAAUCCAAAAUCCUUCCCUUCUGGAUUCUAAAGUUGAGAAGUCACAGUAGAGAGAGAGAGGGAGAGAAAUGGAGGGUGGGAAAAGAGUGGAAGCAGGUCCAUCCACAACAGGAAUUGUUAGUGAGAAACAAGAAAGGCAAAAGGAAAUGGCAGAGAAAGCACCAGCUGAAACUGUUAUUGAUGAUGGUGAGGAAGAGGAUGAGGAUGAGGAUAAUGGGGUUCCUGUUGCUGGCUUUGUACCUGGGCCUUUGCUCUCUCUCAAGGAACAAAUUGAAAAAGACAAGGAUGAUGAUAGCUUAAGGAGGUGGAAAGAGAAGCUGCUUGGUUGUGUUGAGGGUGAUUUAAAUGAUCAAAUGGAACCUGAAGUGAAGUUUCAUUCCAUAGGAAUUAUAUCCAAUGACUUUGGGGAAAUCAAUACUCCCUUACCUGUUGAUGCUAAUCGGAGCGGUCAAGUCCUUUUUACUCUCAAAGAAGGAUCUCAUUAUCAACUUAAGCUAAAAUUUAGUGUGCUACACAACAUUGUUUCUGGACUAACCUACAAGAAUACUGUAUGGAAGGGGGGAAUCCAAGUUGAUCAAAGCAAAGGUAUGUUGGGUACUUUUGCUCCUCAGCGGGAACCAUAUGAGCAUGUUUUGGAGGAGGAGACUACUCCAUCUGGUGUGCUGGCAAGGGGAAUUUACUCGGCAAAGCUUAAGUUUGAAGAUGACGACAGAAGAUGUCAUAUGGAUCUAAAUUAUUCCUUUGAGAUCAAAAAGAGAUAGCCAGAGUUUGUCUGCACCAGUGUUAUGUUGUGUUUUCAUGUGUGUUUCAAUUAUCUUUCUUGCCCUAUGAAUUGCAUAGAUAUUUAUUGAGAUUGCUUGUAGGUUUCAGGCAAAUAUAGAAUAUUACAUUUUCAA